UAAAUACAAAACAAGUCGUGUAAUCGCGUUGUCCAAAAAUGGCUUUGACUGAACCGCUUUUACCCACCACGUAUGAAUAUUACACCGGCGGUGGUAUAGAAAAUGGACUGUCCGCGAAAAAACCCUAUUUCACAUUGAAUGACCGAAACAUUUCGAUAUACAGCGGGGCCAUGCAUUAUUUUCGAGUGCCCAAGGCGUACUGGAGGGAUAGACUGAGAAAGCUCAGGGCUGCAGGGUUAAACACGGUGGAAACGUAUGUGCCUUGGAACCUCCACGAGCCAGAAUCAGGCGUCUAUGAUUUUGGCGAAGGUGGAUCAGACUGGCAGGACUUUUUAAACGUGGCAGAAUUUCUUAAGACAGCACAGGAAGAGGAUUUAUUAGCUAUAAUUCGUCCAGGGCCGUAUAUUUGUGCUGAGUGGGAGUUUGGUGGGUUUCCAAGCUGGAUCUUGCGCGACAGAGGCAUAAAAGUGCGUACCUCUGAGGCUACGUACAUGAAAUAUGUGAAAAGGUAUUUUAACAUGUUGCUACCGAUUUUGGCAAUGCUGCAAUUUACCAAAGGUGGACCCAUAAUAGCCUUCCAAGUUGAGAAUGAAUACGGAAGUACCCAGAGAAAAAACAAAUUUGUCCCUGAUAAGGAAUAUUUACGAGAAUUGAGGAAAAUAAUGUUGGAUAAUGGUAUAAAAGAGUUACUGUUUACAGCUGACAGUCCUUCGAUGUCGGGAACAGCUGGUACUAUACCAGAUUUGUUUUUACAAACUGCCAACUUCGGGGGUAACCCAGAUGUAGAUUUUAACAAGUUAAAACAACUCCAACCUGGUAAACCUAUAAUGGCGAUGGAAUUUUGGACCGGUUGGUUUGAUCACUGGUCCGAAUCCCAUCAUCUUCGUAAUAACGACGAUUUUUACAAGGUUUACAAAAGAAUAUUGGAAUAUCCUGGCUCGGUAAAUAUGUACAUGUUUCAUGGUGGAACAAGCUUUGGAUUUUUGAAUGGAGCCAACUUAGCCAAUAGAUACAACGAUAAUUCUGGUUUGCAACCGGACACAACAAGCUACGAUUAUGAUGCUCCACUAUCAGAAGCUGGAGAUUACACUUUAAAGUACGUUUUUGUAAAGGAGUUACUUGCGACGCAUAACCCGGUAAAAACUAGAAUCCCGCAAACGCCCGCGUUAAUACAAAGAAUAGCCUAUCCAGCCAUACCUAUCGAGGGACAGUUUUUAUUGGAAGACAUACUACAACGUGCUCCACAAAAAUUAUCCAGCACUAAUGUUUUACCGAUGGAAAUGCUACCUAUUAAUAACAGGUCUGGCCAAAGCUAUGGUUACAUAAUUUACCGAAAAAAACUGAACUUGGAACCUAAUUCUGUUCUAAAAAUAGCUGGAAGAGUAUCAGACUCUGUGGUAGUGAUGGUGGAUGGCAUGCUACUAUCCAAACCAUUAUACGACGCGAAGGAUCUAGACGGUUUUGGAUUUUGGCGUCUUAAGGAUUCAACUAUAACAAUAAGCACGCAAUAUAUAGCAAACGCUACUCUGGACCUAAUUGUGGAAAACUGGGGCAGAAACGGCUACGGUUAUUUAGAGCAAUUCAACCAAUACAAAGGCCUCUGGCAAGGCGGUAUAUACGUAAACGACGAAGAAUUAUUCGAAUGGGAAAUCGUUCCUUUGGAGUUUAAAAAAGGUUGGACGAAUUCUUUGACGAAUUGGCGCGCGCCAGUUAAAAUAUGGGCGCCAGGGCCUUCAAUGUAUAAAACUACGUUGAACCUUACCAAUCCCCGAGACACCUAUAUAAAUAUGCAGGAGUGGACAAAGGGGAUUGUUAUUGUCAACGGGUUCGUCCUGGGUCGAUAUUCUAGGAUUGGCCCGCAGCAAGCCUUAUAUUUGCCGGCGCCGUUUUUGAAAAAUGGUGAAAAUUCCAUUGUAGUAUUUGAACAUUACAUACCUGCAGAUCGUGUCACUUUUUCCAAAGAUCCUAUAUUUGGUAAUUAGGUGAUAUAAGACAGGUUACACUGUUUGUGUUGCAUAAUAUAAUUUAAACUAAACAGGUAUUUUUAAUUGGCUUAUUGGAUGAACAUGUUAAGUGAUUUUGGUGUCAAACAAACACAUUUUUUCCUUAACCCCCUAAAUCUCAUGCACAAACACAAAAUUGUUUUCCUGGGUAAUGUAUUUGUAUGAAUAAAUAUAGGUAGGAUUUGAAAUAAAAAUUGUAUUUUAUAAUAAUUGGAGUAGGUAAUAUUUUUGCAAAAAAUUGAAUACAAUAUAAUGUUAAAAUAAAUAAUUUGUAAAG